CUCUUAUUCAUAAAAAAACAUAUAUCAACAUGGUUAAAUCUAGUCUUAUUAUUGCUUCUGUUGCUGCUAUCGCUUAUACAGUUUCAGCACAAGAUCAAAGUCUUCCUACUUCCAUUCCAAGUCUUAGUCUUAGUGGCGUCGCUAUUCCAGCUAUUCCUACAGAGUACGCCUCUGCUGUUAGUAGUCUCAUGAAGAAUCCAUCUGGUCUCCAGUCGUAUAUUUCAAUGGCAUCCGCCAAGGUAUCUCAGCUUCCUUCCGGAGUCCAGGGUUCUGUUUAUAGUGCAUUAUCAGAGGCAAGUAAGACAUUAGAUACCGUAAAACCCAAGAACACUGGACAAAGCAGCACUAAAUCCAUGGGUAAUACUGCCCAAACCCCUCGUUACUUCGCAGCCUUAGCUAUUAGUAUAAUUGUAGCAGUUGUUGUAGUAUAAUAAAGCAAGAUACAUAUAAUUAUUUAUUA